AUGUAUCCCAUCGCGGCCUCCUCGAGCUUAUACACCUCCCUUCCUUCCCCUACACUGCCUCGCCGCUGUAGGAGAAGCAUAUUCCAUUUGAACCAGUCCCCUCCAUCACAACCACCAGCUGCCAAGGACCCCUCCCAUCGCUCGAGAAUCCAGGUCGUUAGAGGCAGCGGUCUUCGCACACCGCCGCCCGACGAGAUGACCACGACUUAUCAGGCACCGAACCUGGACCCCUACGACACUCACCACCAUGCCACUCUCUCCCAGUACGCCUCGGCCUUGGCUCAGGCCGACAGGACGCGGGUCGCCCUCAGCGAUGCACAAGCAGCCAUGAGUGCCUACAAUCGGUAUCCGCAAAGCAAACCUCAACUACCCCAGCCCAACCCCCGCGCCAUUCUUGCCUCAUCCUCUGCAACAACCGCAUCUCAGCCUUCUUCGAGACACCCAACCCGCCCAUCAACACCCAUCUCUAAUCCUCCCAUGUCCUCCUUGUCCGACAGCGGCAUCUCCCGGAGGGAUUCUGCCAUGGUGAUGCACAGCUUGGAGAUCCCCAGAUGUAUCAGCCCCAAGGGCGGCAGCCUGGCCAAUUUUGCAGCCCAGCUGACAUGCUUGUUCUGGUUCGAAACGCCACAAGUGCUUCAAGCGGCCGAGAAAGUCGAUGAGCUUUCGCCGGCGGCAGUGAUUCCGAGGCUCACGGACAAUGCUGUCCCGCUCGAUAACUUCAAGCGAUGGGUCCACAGCAUUCUUUCCACCACCCAAGUGACCCAGAAUGUCAUUCUUCUGGCGUUGCUCUUCAUCUAUCGCCUCAAGACCACCAACCCCACCGUCAAGGGUCGCGCUGGAAGCGAGUAUCGCCUCCUCACUGUCGCCUUGAUGCUGGGAAACAAAUUUCUCGAUGACAACACUUACACCAACAAGACCUGGGCAGAAGUAUCGGGCAUCUCCGUCAAGGAAAUUCACGUUAUGGAGGUCGAGUUUCUGAGCAAUAUGCGCUACAGCUUGCUCGUGUCCAAGGAAGAGUGGGGCAGUUGGCUCGUAAAGUUGGCCCGGUUUUGGGCGUAUUGCGAGCGAGCCAUGCUCCCGGCCCUGUCUCCGAUCGACCUGUCUUCGCCGAGCCAUCGCGCUCUUACUUCGCCGUUGCCUUCCCCAACGGGCAACCCUCAAUGGGCGCCGGCGGCGCAACCAGCCAUCACCCCGGCAUAUGCCGGACCCAGGCCUGCAUGGCCCGUGUCUGGGCAGGGAGCACCUGCACUCUCCCCCCUCGCAACGAAACGCGAUGUCAGGAAUGAUUUUGGCAAGCGUUACCCCGAAGACGAUCCCACGGAGCCGCCAGCGAAACGCCUCUCACGGCAGCCGCCGCCAGCAACUUUGCCCUCUCAGAACUUGAGCCACAUGCGUCCGGCUGCGACCACCACCGCCGAGCUGCUCCGGCUUCCGGCUCCAAACCCUGCGUUGGGCGCGACGCCGCCGCCGACUCAAUCUGCACCCAUUCCAGCGGCAUACGGUACCCAAGGAUACGUUUCGCAGACUGCUCAGCCUGGCUUGCCGCUGCCGCCGCUAGUACGGGCUAUGUCGACCGUCUAUCCUCCGGCCACCUCGGCAUUCGCACCUCAACUGCCACUUCUAGUGACGAGCGGCCCGACAAUCUCGUCGGGCCCCGGCGCCGUUGGUUAUCCUGGAGGGUAUGGCACGCCCAGCAAGCGGCACAGCCCUACCAACACCUUGGCACCCGUUUCUGCUUACGCAUCCUCGCCUCUGACCGAGAGCUUCCCCCACAUGUCCGGCGUUAACACGCCAGUCUCACACUCGCCCUCGGUCUACUUGCAACAGCGCACCAGCCCAUAUAAGCCCGUGCGACAUGUCAACACGCUCCUCAUCCCCCCUCCUUCGGCUAGUCUGCAAGAGUAUCAUCUCUCGGGAGCUGUCCUACCCCCCAAUCAGAUGCACUACCAGCCGCUUGGCCGACGUAACGAGUUCCGGACCGGAAUCGUGCCCGAAUUUCAGUCGGUCCCCUACGGUGGUGCUGUGCGGCAGGGCCUGUCGUUGACGCCCGUGCACCCUGCCCAAGCUCGCAUCAUGGGCCCUGGCAUGCAUCCCUCGUACCCGAAUUAA